CCCGUGGGCCAUCGAACAUUAGUCGUCCGUCUGUGAUUCAAAAUAAUCUUUGUGUCAUUAAACCAAUAACGCUCGUACACAAGUAAUAUUAUUAUCAUACAAAACGGUUUUUCCCGUUUUCGCGCCAGCAAGUCAAUAUGAACGUGAAAAUUAUUGUAAUCGCAUUGUUCGCAGUUGUGACGCUCCUCCAGAUUUACCACUGUAAACCAACACAUCGGUUUGUUAGAGAAACUAAAGACGAAGAUGAGGGUAGAACCAAUAAAAUAAAAGAAUUUCUAAGUCAGUUAUACGGAGGCUCUACUUCUCAGUCACAACCGUCUUCCACACAGCCAGAUUCAUCAACACCAUAUCAGCCAGGGUCGUCUGCAUCAAAUUAUCCAGAUCCAUUAACAUCACCUUUGGUGGAGACCCCAUCUGAGCCCGAAUCAUACUGAGUUACAGCCUUCCAUAGCGGCUGAAGAAAGAAGCACUUCUUAGUCUGGACUUCAAUUUACCGUGUAUCAAAACCAAAUUCUUCAAUCAAUGAACCAUUUUUUAACACAUACAUUUUAACUUCACUGGUGCAUCUGGUACUGGUCCAGGCCGAUGAGCAGUGUCUAACCCAGAAUACAUCAAAUAUAAUAUACCUAUUAAUAAGAACAAAAUAAUUUUGUAAAAAAAAAAAAAAUAAACAAAUUUGAAUUUCCAUCUGAAUAAUAGUAAAAUAAUAAAUCAUCUCUAUUCAAUCUAGAAUAAUCUAUCUUAUGUUAUAGAGAUAUUUAAUAUUUUAAAUUCUGCAAAAAAAGUUAUAAGUUAUCUAUGUAACUAUAUUUUAGAUCCCAAGCAGAGUGAUAAAGGUAUUGGUUUUACAAUUAUGUCUUUCCUUUGUUAUACCUUUUGGAUCUGUAAAAAGCAUUUUUAUUGCUCCUGUCUUUGAUAAUGAUGGUGGUUAUUGGUAAAAUAUUGUAUCUAUUUUGUACUUUGGAAAAAGUUAAAAAUAAAAAGUUCUUAUUACUUUCAAUAUAACAAAAAAAAAUAUAUAUAAUAUAUUAUAUUAACAUUACCGAAAAAAACCGGAAUAUGUACGCAAAACGAGUUUUUCACAAAAUCGAUUUUCUAUAGUAAAACAGUUAUUUUCUGUUAAUCAAAAUAUUUUGUUCUUAGUGAAAUUUGAUGAAAAUAUCGAAAAACAA